AUGGAUCUAGUUUUCAAGCCUAAAUUCGGACUAACCUUGCUCUAUGGGGUGACUGGAAUGGUACUCUAUACAUGGGUCUGCUGGGCGGUCGUAAAAAAUCGAUACAACUUGAAAAGCUCGUUCUAUAAGAUGUUCGUUGUAGGUUACGUCAUGAACAUGAUGACUUACAUCAACUCGUUUAUAAGUCUUCGUGUUCCACAGAACACUAAAAUCAAUGAUUCUUUUGCCUCGUUCUUCUUGGAACAUGACGCUCACCACCCGGAAACAAAGUUCCCACUCUACGUGUUCCAUACCCUUCACUACCAAUUCGCCUACAGUCAGUACAUCUACAACUGCUUGUUGUGUCUCAAUCGAUUCACUGCGAUUUUCAAACCUCUGACGAGUGAAAUGUGGUGGAACAAGUGGUUUGUCCAUCUGGCGUUGGCCAUGUUUCUCUCCCCUUUCCUAUGCACUGUGUUCAUUCUCGUCAAUCGCUCAUACUAUCGGUAUAACAGUACUGGAGACUACUUUUGUGUCGAUUCCACUUUUGAGCGUUGGAAGAUUUACGCAAUUUUGACUCCGAUUCUGUGUAUCAUUACAGCUGCGAAUAUUGUUUGCAACACGUCGUCUUAUCUGAAAAUGAAGAAAAUCAGGAGGGAAGGAAUCAAUGUGAUAGACAAACAUCUUCUACAAAUGACAUUCUGCGUAUUCUUUAUCGACAUGUUCCUCACUAUUCUCUCUAUUUUCAAUGCGAUCAUAACUAUUUGGAAUCCGUUCCCCGAUAGCCCAUGGGUGGCCGAAUGGGUCUUGCAACUCACUCCGUUUGCUAGUGAUGUUCUCACACUUUCUCCUCCCAUUCUUCUUCUCUACUUCAGCAAAACGGUUCGCCGAAAGUGUGUCGAGAUGAUCCCAUUUCUGCGGAAGUAUAGCAAACACCGAUUCUUUGUCAAUUCCAGAAGUGUGGCCUACGUUCUUCCGUUCGAAUAUAACAGCCAAGAAGAAUUGAAUAAUAAUAAUCACUGA